UUUCAGACAAUUUUUCUUCCGCGCAGAGCCAAAAGUCACUUCUCUCCAUUUUUUAAUUUUCAUUUUUAUUUUUUAGCCUUCCAACUUGUGUUUUCUCUCUCCCUCUGCCCUUUACGCUGAAACUCUUGCUAUUAUAUAAAUCCACUCACCACACUCCCUUUCUCUCUCUCUCUCUCUCUCACACCUCACACCUCACACCACUUCGCUCAAAACUAGCAUCCCAGCCUUGCAUGCAUUCUGCUUCCCCUAUUCCCAUUUCCCUCACCAACCAAACCAAACCUAAAUCGCUUCAUAUUCUGUUUCCUUUAAUUCCACAGUAAUAACCAUAACCACACUCGCAUGGAGAACAAGUAGCAGGUACCUGUUCAAAGAGUAACGCCCUUCCAGAGUCACAGAAACGUUCAUUACAUCACUUCCAUUUUGCACCACUCGUACAGAACAAUGGCACGUGCGACUAACUGGCUUUCGUUCUCGCUUUCCCCCAUGGAAAUGCUCCGAACCUCCGAGCCUCAGUUCGCUCAAUACGACGCCGCUUCCGCCACUUCCUCUCAUCACUACUACCUCGACAACUUGUACAACAACGCUGCAGGGUGGGGAAACGGGAACCUCAAGUCCCAGGUGCUGAUGGAGCAGAAUCUGAACCAGAGCGAGGUCAGCUUCGUGGACUCGUCGACGCACUCGCGGGGCGUGAGCCACGCGCCGCCGCCCAAGCUCGAGGACUUUCUCGGCAGCGACUCCUCCGCCGUGAUGCGCUACUCCGACAGCCAGACCGAGACGCAGGACUCCUCGUUGACUCACAUGUACGACCACCACGGUUCCGCCGCGUACUUCGGCGACCACCAGGAUCUCAAGGCCAUUGCUGGAUUCCAGGCGUUCUCCACCAACUCUGGUUCCGAGGUUGAUGACUCGGCCUCCAUCGGGAAAGCGCAACCCAGCGAGUUCGGGACUCACUCUAUUGAAUCCUCGGUGAACGAGUUCAACGCGUUUUCCGCCGCCUCCGGCGGCUGCGGCGGUGCUUCCGGAACUCUGUCGCUCGCUGUGGCGCAGAGCACCGAGAAGGCCGUCGUGGCGGCGGAUUCCGAUAGCUCGAAGAAGGUCGUGGAAACCUUCGGCCAGCGGACUUCUAUUUACAGAGGCGUCACUAGGCACCGAUGGACAGGUAGAUAUGAAGCGCAUCUAUGGGACAACAGUUGCAGAAGGGAGGGUCAAGCCAGGAAAGGGCGUCAAGUUUAUUUGGGUGGAUAUGAUAAGGAAGACAAGGCCGCGAGAGCUUAUGAUUUGGCAGCUCUAAAGUACUGGGGUCCCACCGCUACCACCAACUUUCCUGUUUCCAAUUAUUCAAAGGAAGUGGAGGAGAUGAAACAUGUAACAAAGCAAGAAUUUAUUGCAUCAUUGAGAAGGAAAAGUAGUGGUUUUUCCAGGGGAGCUUCCAUAUACAGAGGUGUUACAAGGCAUCAUCAACAGGGUAGGUGGCAAGCAAGAAUUGGCCGCGUAGCUGGAAACAAAGAUCUGUACUUAGGAACAUUCGCGACUGAAGAGGAAGCAGCAGAGGCGUACGAUAUUGCAGCAAUAAAGUUCAGAGGUGCAAACGCAGUAACCAAUUUUGAGAUGAAUAGAUACGAUGUGGAAGCUAUAAUGAAGAGUUCUCUUCCAGUUGGUGGGGCAGCAAAACGCUUGAAGCUUUCCCUUGAAUCAGAGCAGAAAGUUGCUGUGAACAGCAAUCAACAGAAUCCACAAUGUGUAAACGUGAGUGGCAACAUCAAUUUCUCGUCCAUUCAUCAGCCACUUGCCUCUAUCCCUUGUGGAAUUCCAUUCGACUCUACAACAGCAUAUUAUCAUCACAACCUUUUCCAACAUUUUCAUCCCAACAACGCUGGCACAGCAGCUUCUGCGGUUACUUCUGCCAAUGCAACUGCAACCGGACUCACUGCACUGCCACCACCAUCUGCAGCUGAGUUCUUUAUUUGGCCUCACCAGUCUUAUUGAUCUAAUAAACUAGUCAUCUUUUGCUAAUUUUCUGGUUAUGCUAACAAAUCAAAAGCUAUAGGCUCUGGCACAGUUAAGCUGACCCGCUUCCGAUCCUCUAUAAUUAACCCUUUAGGCUGCUAAGAAAGAAAAAUGAGGUUUUUUGUGUUCGCUAGUCUUAGUUACAAUAGGAAGCUGGAUAUGUAACUAACUACUCAAGAAAUGAGAAAUAUUUCGUGCAUAAUAAUUUUGCACCAGAAUUUCUUAAAUGCUUCUUAGCUUGCAGCUGUAGUAUGCUUUUGUUUAAUUACCUAUUUGGCUUCAUGUUUUAAAUUAUAGUUUAUAGCAUGUUUGUGAAACAUGAAAGUGGAUGGAAGGUAGAUGGUGUUCCCUGAUCCGAGAUUAA